CAGAGACCCUCACACUGAGACCCUGACACCGCUGGGACCCGCACGCUUCUGCCACGGAAUAGACCAACUGUCCCCAAGAACGACUCGGAGGACAGUGAGUCAUCUCUGAGGAGGACAGAGAGUCAUCUCGAGUUAUCUCGAAUCAUCUGAUCGCCGUGUGGAUAAUUGGAGUUGUUGGAGGACACCUGCUGCCCAGACGCCAGGGGAGAUGAGCGGGGAGAUGAGGGGGGAGAGGAGCGAGGAGAAGCCCGCCGAGGGCGUGCCCGCCGAGGACAACCCGGUCCCCAACGGUCGGGGCCACGAGGCCGACGACUCCGCCCCAGCCCCCACCGCCACGGCUAUAGCGGCCCCUGCGGAGGGCGCCGGCAAACCCGAGGACACAGAAGCCCAGCGAGCCGAGAGCUCGGAGUUCCUCUCAGCCAUUGACGACAAGAAGAACCCGCGCUUCACAGACUUCGAGGGGAAGACGUCCUUCGGGAUGUCGGUGUUCAACCUGGGCAACGCCAUCAUGGGGAGUGGCAUCCUAGGCCUGGCCUACGCCAUGGCCAACACCGGUGUGGUUCUCUUCCUGAUCCUCCUCACAGUGGUGGCGGUCCUGUCCUCCUACUCCAUCCAUCUGCUGCUCAAGCUGUCGGGGAUCGUAGGUAUCCGCGCCUACGAGCAACUGGGCUACAGAGCCUUCGGGACGCCGGGGAAGAUGGCAGCAGGCAUAGCGAUCACCCUGCAGAACAUUGGAGCCAUGUCCAGUUAUCUGUACAUCGUCAAGUACGAGUUCCCGCUGGUCAUCCAGGCCUUCCUGAGGCUGGACAACCCUGAGGGGGAAUGGUACAUGAAUGGAAACUAUCUUGUGAUCAUCGUGUCCAUUUUAGUGAUUCUGCCCCUGGCUCUGAUGAAACAGUUAGGGUACCUUGGCUACACGAGUGGCUUCUCCCUGUGCUGCAUGGUGUUCUUCCUCAUCGCAGUCAUCUAUAAGAAGUUCAACAUCCCCUGUCCAUUCGUGGACUUUACUCUCAACGCCACCCUCAUCGCCGUGGGCAACGACACUGGCCCGGAAAACCCUGCCUGCAUCCCCAAACUGGUCAACCUCAACUCCCAGACGGCCUACACCAUCCCCAUCCUGGCCUUUGCCUUCGUGUGCCACCCUGAGGUGCUGCCCAUCUACACUGAGUUGCGCAACCCUACUAAGAAGAGGAUGCAGCAUGUGUCCAACAUCUCCAUCGCUGUCAUGUACACCAUGUACUUCCUAGCUGCUCUGUUUGGUUACCUGACCUUCUAUGGUGAGGUUGAGGCUGAGCUGCUGCACACCUACAGCCGCAUCGACCCGUACGACACGCUGAUCCUGUGCGUCCGCGUGGCCGUGUUGGUCGCCGUAACGCUCACCGUCCCCAUCGUACUGUUUCCUGUUCGGAGGGCCAUUCAGCAGAUGCUAUUCCCCAACAAGACCUUCAACUGGCCGCGGCACGUUGCCAUCGCCGUGGUCCUCCUCAGUCUCAUCAACCUGCUGGUCAUCUUCGCCCCCAACAUCCUGGGCAUCUUCGGCAUCAUCGGUGCCACGUCCGCCCCGUGCCUCAUCUUCAUCUUCCCCGCGGUCUUCUACCUGAGGAUCGUUCCUAACGAGGAGGAACCGCUGAGAUCGCCCCCCAAAAUCAUGGCGGCCAUCUUCGCUGGAAUCGGCUUCCUGUUUAUGAUAAUGAGCCUGAGCUUCAUCAUCAUCGACUGGACGUCUGGGAGCAGCAGCGCCAGCAGCGGCCACUAGGGUGCCCCUCCUCCUCCCAGGGUUUAUAUCAACGUAGUACUGUCUUGUGUUUUGGCCGUUUUUGUUCUCGGAUCCUAUUUGAUGCGUAUUGUUUUCCAGGCUAAGCUCUGGUCCCGGGUCUACAGAGCUGGGUGUGGUCUGUCCUUCAGCCAAUCAGUGACCUGGUUGUGGUGGCAAAUUCUUCUUCUUGGGAAAUGGGUUGAAUUUCUUCCUGUAUGGGCCAAGAGCUUACAGGUAGCUGUUGAUGUUUUUCGAGGCCAAGUCCAGGGAGAACAUGUAUAUUUCCACACGUCUAUGUGUUAGAAGUGGAUAGAGAUGUCUGUAUGUCCCUGACCCACUGUGCUCCAUGGUUGUCAUGGCAACCUGCAUCUGCCAUUACAUGCUACCGCCGUUCCUACGAUGAACUAUUAUCUGCAAAAUAUAGGACUCAUCUGUGUCAAUAUAUGAUGUUCACCUCCGUGUUCGCCGUCGCCAGUGACGGCCGAAGAAACUAUUUUGUAAUCGACUUUUUUGUAUUUAUUAUAUCAUCUCAGAGUAACUAUGAGUUAUUCAAGUAACAGCAUUGUUUUUUUAUGUGCAGGUGAACAUUGCAUCAGAGUGAGAGAGCGAGAGGGUGAGAGAGUGAGUGAAAGGGUGAGUGAGAGGGGGAGAGAGAGAAAGCGUGAGAGAAAGAGAGCUAGAGAGUGAGAGAGAGAAAGCGCAAGAGAGAGCGCUAGAGCGAGUGAGAGAGAGAUAGAAAGCCCAAGAGAGAGAGCUAGAGAGGGGGCGCGCGAGAGAGAGAGAGAGGGAGAGAGAGAGAGAGAGAAUCACCAUCAGUGUGUGCAAACAGGAAGUGAGUACCUGGGACUUUAUUUUGUACACAUUGUGCGUUCAGCUUUCCUAAACAACAUUUAUUUUUUGGUUGGAAUUAAAUGUCGACGACUCCACCACAAAUAUCCUCCCAUUUAAUUUGGCGCGCUUGUAUUCGUUUUGAUCAGGCCGUUGAUAUCGGUUGAGGAGGUCUGUUACUUUUGGUUUCAUGUCCAGGUGACAAUGUGAUCAGAAAACCAGCAGAACAGGGUUAGGUCUAGAGUUUACCUCCGGAGGGUUUAACAGAUCCAAGGGUUUGCUCUAGCCUUUACCUCCAGGCGGAUUAGAGGAACCAAGGGUUAGCUCUAGAGAUGACCUCCAGAGGGUUUAACAGAAGAGGGUUAGCUCUAGAGUUGACCUCCAGGGGGAUUCUUCAGUCCCUGAAUCAAAGCGGCUGAUAGUCUACUUUCUUUAUUGAGGAUUGGAGUCAAAUAAAAUGGAACCGUUUAUGAAAAUAGGAAAGUUUGCCUCUUACUGUUCUUUGCGAAUAGACAGAGUCAUCGAAUGCGCUCUUUCUAAACUUUUGGCGAAAAAGUACAGUCUGAGAUAACCAAAAUAUCUAUAAAUAAAUGAGUUUAUUUAUAGAUAAACUACAGGGUCACCCACUGGGCGGCCAGUGAGCAGCUUGGAGUCUGUAAAUGUUUGCGGCCAAGACAAGCUGACCUGUUAUACUAAUAUAGUGACAUAUAUAUACAUAUAUAUAGUAUAACACUAUAUAGUGAUAUAGGGAUACACCAGGGUGGCUCUAACUGCAGAUGAUUAGUCAAGUAGCACUUUCAACUAACAAGCACAACUUUACUCGAUUUACAGCACUUAUCCUUUGUCAUGCAGAUUAGCGCUGUAAAAGAAUCCUAUAUUUGAUAGAUUCAAUGUAAGGGAAUGCCCCUUUCGUGUUACCGGUACUUAAUGUUGAAAUAACUACAUGUGUGUCGACAAAAUAAGCAAUGUAAUGAGAGGUAUUAUUAGGGUUUAAAUUAGGUCUCGUGCUUUGCUUUUUUUGGGGGGAUUUUUUGAGGGGGCCAGCACGUGAUUUUAAAGAGUUCAUCUUUUUUGGGGAUCAUCACGUGAUACAGUUAGGGUUACGGUGAGGGUUAUUGUGGUGGAAAGAGGAAACGUGUCCAAAUGUGUCGACUGGUUUGAACCUGUGGUACCUUUGUGUUUAACAUGUAUCGUCAGACUGGACCUCUGCUCGGACCAGACUAUUUAAUGGAAGUGUUUGGUCUGUCGUCAUGAAUAGGUGAAUUGGUGAAUUGGUGUUUACAUGGUGAAUGGUUGAUUCCUGUUCAGAUACUUUCAAUUCGGUCCGAUUUAAUAAUAAAUCUGUCCAAAAAGUUAAAAAUGUUAAAUCAGAAUGUUAAAAAAAGAGAAAACCUGCUGAGGAAUCAGUUUGGAUUAUUGUCCUUUGGUUUGACCCGUCGGUAUGCUUGUUGUCAUGUUAACAUAUCUUGUUGUUGAUUCGUUACUAACAUGAACCUAGUGUCCCCUUGUUAAUGUGUAGUGAUCCAAACGAAACGCAGCAGUAAGGGUAACACACGUUUGUGUCCAAACUGUUUUGAAGGUCCAUGUUUGAACUGUCUCCUGACCAGCUCUGUGAUGGUUUGUAUGUUCCAGCGUAGAAAGGAACUGUUUCCAGACCAGCUCUGUUAUGGUCUGUAUGCUCCAGUAGAGAGGAGCUCUGUUCUGUAUCAGCUGCUUCAGAAUCAGAUCAUUGAAUCAUGACGGAUCAGUAAAGCCCACGCACAGACGUUUCACUAACAUCAGAUAUGACCCCAUUAAAAAGGAGUGUAAGGUGGAUCCGUACCAUGGGUUUCUCCUGGUUUCUACUGGUAUCUGUUUCUCUAUGGUGAAGGUAUUUAACUAUUUCAGGGCAGGUUUCCAGGUUUUAUGGCACAAAUAAAGAAAAGCAACACAACACGCCAUCGGAGAAAGUGAGACAGUAGCUGGUGCAGAGGUAGGAGCUGAUGACGUCGUGGUUAGCCUUAUAUCUACUAAUCCUAUGUGAUUUAUUGAACUUUGUGUAUCGUAAAUGAUUAAAUCUAAUAAAAAAUACUUUUGAUGUCAGCCAGCAUUUAUACAUAAUGUAUAUAAAUGUAAACCCUUUAUAUUCUACAAUCCUAUCUAGUUUGUAAAAUGUAAAUAGCAGGUGCAUUUCUGUCUGAUUAAAAAUUAAAUGUAAUUAUUUUUAAAGUGCUCUAUCGCCCUCCAAGUUAUGUCUCUAUUUUCUUGUAUCUCGAUGUAUUUUAAUACC